AUGCUGAAAUCCGUCUUCGCAUCGUCCCUGUUUCUUUUGGCCACAGCCGUGAGCGGCUUGACCACGCCUGCGCCACCAGGCCUAGAGUUCCUUUACUCGCUCAACUGUACUCUCGGGGAGCGCUUUAGCACGGGGGUCGGGCCGUACGGUGAUGUCCGCGUGAUUCCCAUCACCGGCGGAACCUUCGAGGGCCCCAAGAUUAAGGGCGAGGUGCUCAACUUGGGCGCGGACUGGAACUACCUCGACAAUCAGGGCGUCUCGCACCCUGACACUAGGUACUCGCUUAGAACUGACGACGGCGAGAAUAUCUACAUCAAGACGGCUGGGUCCAACCAGGACAACGGUCUUACUUACCUUCGGGGUAUAUAUGAGACCGGCUCGGAGAAGUACUUUUGGCUGAACUAUGUUACUGCUGUCGGUGUUCUGCGCAGUGGUGGAGGCGACUGGGUUUGGAUCGAUAUGUGGUAUCUCACUGCGCCUCCGAACGGGACUGUUGGUAGUACAUAG